CGCCGCUCGGGGUCCUCCACCGCCCGCCCCUCGCCUUCGCCGCGGUGGGAGGAGACCGAUGGCGGGUGGAUGCGGCGGCUGAGGCCCGGCCUGGCUCGGGGGCAGCGCCUGGGAAGUGUCCGCGGCGAGAGUCCGCCCGCUGCCAUGCGGUGGCCGCUGGCCGGGCUGCUGCUGGCGCUGCUCCCCGGCGGCCCCUCAGCGCCCGCUCAGCCCCUGGCAGUGGCCGCCGGGCGGGGCCCGCGCCGGGAGCCCCGCGGUCGGACAGCGGUUGUUAAAGAUAAUCUGUGGCUUCAGAAAGAAAUGGGAUGCCUAGGAAUGGCAGGGCCCUUCCCUCUGGCCAUGUGGGCAGACAAAGCCCCUCACCAGCCCUUGACUUCUGCAGCCUCGGACAACCAGUGGAUGCAUUCGCUGUUUGCCUUGGUACCCUCGUGGCCAAAGAAGAUUUUGUUCAAACGGGAGUCAGAUCUUAACCACCAGCUGCCUGAAGAUGUUUCCAAUAUGUCAGUGUCUUCUGAAUUUGGAAUAACCCUUCAGAAAUGUGGUGUGGUGGAUGUUGAGCAUGACCCUCAAACUGCAUACAUUACACUUGUGAUUAAUAACACCAACACAUUGCUCUCAACAAACAUUACAGAUCUUAUCCUCCUGGACAACAUCACUGGUCUACGCAUUCAAAAAACCAGUGGGAAUAAGACCACAGAUGGCGUACAGAUUUAUAGGAAAAGAUUCUUGCAAGGUGGAGAACACUUUGUAAUCAACUACUCUGCACUUCUUGAUGCAAAAGAAAUGUGGGAUGGCAGGAUCUUGACCCUGCCUGCAAAGCUAACUUUCAGCAGUUCAUCACAGAAUAAAACACAUCUGGUAUCGUUGACAGCAUCGUUCACCAUAACUGAAGAAAAAAAGACCAAGAUUAUGUACAGCCAUGCCAUCACUGCUUCAGGGUUCUUCAUCGCUUUUUUCAUUUCCCUUGUAUUGACAUGUGCUGUUUUUCUCAUCAUUUACCGAACCCAAAUAUUAAAAUGGAGUUUCUGUAGUAAAAACCAGGAGAUACAGCAUGAACUCAGCCAAAAUCACAAACUGGAGCAUUCUCAGUUCAAUUCAGGUGAUCUCUUCAGUGAAGAUAUAAUUAUGAAUGACCAAAUCAUCGAUAUUCUGUCCUUUGAAGAACCUGGCAAUAUGCUUCAGGCUUUAGAAGACUUGGAGGUUGCCAGCCUGAUACGGGCAGAUGCUGAUCUGGAGGCACAACGAACACAGAUAUGUAAAGAAGUGAUUGGUAUGAUGUUGAAGAACAUGGUCUUAAGUCACAACCUCUUUCCUCAUGUGGAGAAGAAGAUAAGUUCUAUUUUCAAAAAGCGGUUUCUUGCAAUGGAGAAAGAGAUUCAAGAGGAGUAUGAAAGGAAGAUGGUGGCUUUAACAGCUGAGUGUAAUCUGGAAACCAAGAAGAAAAUGGAAGCUCAAUGCCAGAAAGCAAGAGCUGCAAAUGAAGAGGCUGAGGAAUUAAUGAAGAAAAUUAAUGAAAAGCCUGCUGUAGAAUACAGAAAUCUUCUGGAUAGACUUCACAGACUGGACCAGGACCACCUGAAGAGGUUCCUUCUGGUAAAACAGGAGGAAUAUUUUGCGAAGGCUUAUAGACAGCUGGCUGUUACCCAGAGAGAGGAGCUCCAUACUAUCUUCUUUGCACAGAUAACAAAUGCAACUUUAAAGGGAGAACUGAAGUUGGAAGCAGCUAAAACAUUAGUGGAAGGUUACUCUAAAGUACAGGGAGACGUUGAAGAGCUAAUGGAUUUUUUGCAAGCUAGCAGGAAAUACCAUCUAAAUAGAAGAUUUUCUUACAGAGAGUAUCUUAUAAGUAAGAUACAAUUAAGGGAUUCUCAUGUCUCUGCUCUUAUAAAUGCAGCAGCAACCCAGAUAUCAAGCCUCCUUAAUAAGAUGGAAAGAGCAGGUCAUCUACCUGAAAGUCAUUUGGGAAUGCUGCUGGACCGAGUUGAGACUGAAAUUAAUUUUGUUAAACAGAAAUUUGAUCACGAUUUAAAACAAGAAAAGCAAAAGCUUCGGCAGAAACUCAUUACCAAGCGAAGGCGGGAAAUGCUGCAAAAGCAGAAAGAGCAUCAGAAAGAGCAGCUGUCAUUUGGAGACCCCUUCAAAACUACUAAUGACAUCACUCACUACCUGAGACACUGGAAAGAUCUUCUGAGCGGUCACACCAUUGAAUUUGAAGAACUUAUUGAAAAACUUGACAAUGAGGCCAGUGAAGAGCUGAAAGAGCUUCUAUUUAGCCUAACAGAAAAAGCCAUUGAAGAGUUUAAACGUGUUCAGUGUGGAGUGUUUGUGCAAGAAUUGGUCAAACUCAAUGUGCCGAAGUUGUUCCUGCUAGAAGCUGUUGAGGAGCAUAAAAAAGAGAUGGCUGUUAAACAUGAACAGCUUGAAAGGGAAGAACAUGACAAGAGCAUGGCUGCUGAAGAGCUGCUUCAGUUCACCAGGCAGAAGCUAAGCCAAGAAUUGGAAACAGGCAUUUUGGAACAAAAAAAAUUAAGGAGCUGGGAACAAUCAGUAUUCAUGCAGCUCCUAAGUUUACCCCUCUCACUAUCGGAGGAGGAAUUGCUUAGAAUGAGGCAAGAGUUGCACUGCUGCUUCUCUCAGGUGGACAGCAGCUUGGCUUGGCCCAAGAUAAGAGCAAGAACCUUGCUUCAGACUUUUGAGAUGGAACAGAGGGACACAGAAAUGCUGAAAGUCGAUCAGAAUUUAGCAAUGACCAAUAAACAGCAUUCUAAAAUGGGAAAAGCAGGAUCCAGGAAUAGAAAUAAGUUAGAUAUUCUGAAGAAAUCCUUACAGGCCAAAAUUUUAAUUUUUGAAGACUUGGUGAAAGAUGAAAAUUUGAAUAAGAUUAAGAAUGAGUUGCAGCUUGAAAAAGAGCAUCACCUGUGCGAUCUGGAAAAUAAACUUGGAGAGUAUAUUGCUUCUUUAGCCUUUCAAAAGACUGUUAAAAAAUCCAAAAUGCUGGAGCUUUAUACUGCUAUCAUAAAUGUGCAAGCUAUGCUCUUUGAACAACUGAGCACAUCAAAAACCCUGUCAAAAUUGGAAUGUAUUCAGAUUUUAGAAGCUCAUAAUCCUGAGAUUGAAGAACUCGACAGGAAGCUGGAGUAUGAGAUGUUACAUAAGGACUCAGCACAACAGCAUCUAAUCAGUAGGCAGAGGUGGAUUCUGGAUGGUUUGGGACUUUCAAGUGAAGCUGUGGAAACAAAUGCGGAAAGACACGUGACAGUUUUGCUAAGACAGGCCAUGAAUAAGUGUAGGCAAUUUAUAAAUCUGUACCAGCAAAGCUUGAGAGAUGAGCAAUGGAAUUGCGUGGUGCUUGAAAAUCUCCUGGAAAAUAUAGAAAUGGAUGCAUUUUUGGCAAUUUAUAGUCAGGAGCUCCGUCUGGCAGGUUAUUUAGCUAAACUGACGAGGGUGCCAAUGGGGAUGUUGCACAGGGUCCUGAAUUGGUUGCUGCCCUCCAGCUCACAAAGUGAGGUUCUUUCUGUCCUCGAUUCCAUCAAUAAAUAUUCAGAUGGUGUUGUUGAUAGUGACAGUAAUGCAGAUGAGUCUGGCAGCUGUAAAAAAAGGAAGAACCAAGAGUUGUGGCAAGCACGGGAGAAAAAAGUAAGGCAAGACCUGAUAAACAGAAGUUUAGAAAAGAUCCCUUCUCUAAAAAACAGGAAAGACAGCUGGAUAAAGAAGAAGCAAUGUGGUCUCUUGGAAAAAGCAGCAUUUGUUCAUCUUGGAUGUUCACCUACACAUCCUCCUAUGGAACAGUCUGAUCCACCUGUUUCUGUGAACACUGCAACUAAGGAAGCCAUCGAGUUGUUAGAUACAGGGGAGAAGAUAUUUUUGUUCCGUGAGCCAAGUGAUCCAAUACUUGCUUUGCAUAAUUCUCCAAGGAAAAAGAAAAAGAACUUUCUUAAUUCUAAAAAGGCUGCUCGUGUAAACAUGGACUUAUGAGGGCAAAUUUCAUUUUGAGUAUCAAUUAGGAAAGAGGCAGUUAUUUAAAAUUCAGUAAAAUAAUGAGAAAGAAUGAAGUGUGUGGUUCAAAUAACAUGUGUUGUUUUAAUCUGAUUGGUCUGGCAUUGGAAAUAGCUGUAAUUUUAGAGUGGCACAGUUAGUAAUGUGCAUUGUGCAUUUUUUAAUUCUUGUCAGCAUUUGAUGCACUAGAUGAAAUAUGGGUGUUUUAUGAUGCACAUUCUGGCAGGCAGGACUCAGUGAUCCUUCAGUAUGUUUUGGUCAUUUUUGCACUGAUUUUACUGUAGCUGUAUUUUCAUAAUUUAUAUAGACAGGUUAUUUAUUAUAUAACAGGUACUGAUUUACUAUUCUUGUAUUUAUAUACUUUUGUAAUAAGCUGCAGUGUAGCAGAUGACAUGAAGAGAUUAAGUGGAUGAACUACAAGGCCUCUGUUCUCUGAUUUUAUGUUAUUCUAGCUAAUUUGCUGUUUAAUAUUGUGUUCUUAAUAGGCUUUGAAUGUUACUUUUGCAGUCUCUGUUCUACAGUGAUAGCUGGUAGUCCAGAUUUUCAGCAUUUACUUAUGUACUUAGCCUUAUAUCCUGGAGUAACUUCAGCUUUUCACUGUUGUUUCUAAACUUAACUUCAGUUGAACUGUGAAUGUGGCUACAGCUCAAAACUGUGUUAAAUAUUUACAACCUGUUGCAGUCUUUUUCUUGGUGCACCAGUAUCACCACAUUUCCUUAGCAGAAAAGAGGAAAAUGUAAAUGGGCGUAUAAUGCCUUCAAAAGUUUUUAUGAUUGCAAUGCUGCCCAUUGUCACAAUUUGGGUGGGUAUUUUUGAAGUUCUUAUUCCUGAAUUUCCCUAAAUUGAUGAGAAUAUCUUUUUACAUUUCAAAAUGAGUUAAUUUUUAAAUCUUUCUGGUUGAAUGAAAGAAGCCUGUAAGUAUAAACCCUAAAAAGAAGAACAGGAAAAUUCUAAUUAAAAGAACCACGUAUAUUUGUUAAUAUUUCAUGAUAUUCAAGCUUGUUUUGAUUUUUUUUAAAACCGUAUUUGAGUGCUAUUCUCUGAGGGUACUGUGAUCAUAUAUUCUGUAAUUUUUCAUGUACAGAUCUUCUAUGUCUUUGUAUUAAUAGGAUACCAUGUCAUUUUAAAAAUUAAAAUGUUAUAAAGUUUGUGUGUCUGCAGUUGACAUCUAUUCCAAGUGGAAUAAACCAGUUUUUUCCCCCACUUCUGUGUCAAGUUUAAAUAUGCAUCCCACAGUAAACAACAAUUAGUGUUUCCUAUCAGUAUUAGCAUUAGAAAAUGAAUGCAGUAAUUAAACUGAUAAUUCUAAUUAUUUUUUGAUUGCCUUCUUCAGUUUUUCCAUAGAAGUCUUUACUCCUCCUUUACAGAAGGAAGAGUCUGUCAAGGUUGUGGGAUUUCAGUUGCUGUGUUUUAAUGUGUCCAGUAUAUCAUCCCCAA